CGUCUGGAUAAUAUUUCUGAUUUAUCCCAUUUCUCUCCUCACCAAUAGAAUUACCAGGAUUUUAAUCGAGAUGAAGAAAACGGGCAAUAUAGUGCAUGAUAUUUUAAACUGUGCAAUCGGGAAAGAGAUAAAAGCUGAGCUCAAGAAAUUUUCGCUUCAAUUACUACAUCGCAAAAUACAGUUUACAGCUAACGGAUACUUUACGCUCGAUAAUACUUUUCUUCAUUUGCUAACUGGCACAGUGAUGACAAAUUUGGUAAUACUUGUGCAAUUUCAAGUAGGAAGCUCGCAUUCAUCGAUCAAUGCAAACUAUACAGGGACCGAUGUAACUAUAUAG